AUGUCUGAAGGUUAUCAAGUUGUUAUCAUAGGAGAAGGUUCAGUAGGGAAAUCUGCUUUAUGUUUACAAUUUGUACGAGAAGUCUUUUCUGUAGAAUAUAGUCCAACAAUUGAAGAUACUUAUAAUAAAACUAUUAAAGUUGAUUCACAUACAGUAACGUUUAAUUUGAUCGAUACUGCAGGACAAGAAGAAUAUGUUGCUUUGAGAGAACAAUAUUAUUUAAAAGGAGAUGGAUUUGUAUUAGUUUAUUCUAUUGAAAAUAAAUCAUCAUUUAUGGCAAUUGGAAAUCAUAAAGACAGUAUUUCCGUUAUUAGACCUGAUGGAGAUGUUGCUUUAAUUCUUGCUGGAAAUAAAUGUGAUUUAGAGGAACAAAGGGUAGUGUCAAAAGCUGAUGGAGAGGCAUUAGCUAAGUCAUAUGGAAUUGAUUUCUUUGAGACAUCUGCUGCAAAAAGAAUAAAUGUUGAUGAAUUGUUCAUAGCACUCGGAAGAAAAUUACUUCAAAUUAAUCAUAAAGGUGAAGAUGCACCAAAGACAUCUUCCCCUUCAAACGAGAAAAAAUCUGAAAAGAAUGAAAAGCCAAAGAAAGAAAAAGGAAAAAAGAAAGGAGGUUGCGUUAUGGUUUAA